AUGGCGGGCCCGGGCAGCGGGGACGGGGACUUGCGGCGCCUGCUGAAGCUGCACCGCACCGAGAUCGCCAUGGCAGUGGACGACGUCUUCCCACUGCUGCAUGGCCUGGCUGACCACGAUGUCGUCCCUGACCACAUCUUCAAGGAGACGCUGAGCCGGGCGGAGCGGGAGGGCUCCCACCGCGCUUUCCACGCGCUGCUCACCUGGCUGCUGGGCGGCGACACCGCCGCCCUCCGGGACUUCUGGGCCGUCCUCUUCAAGGAUUACAACCUGGAGCGCUACUCCCGGCUCCGGCCUCUCCGCGGCGCCUUCCCCAGAGAGGUGGAGCUGGGGCGGCAGCGCCGUGGAAGGCGUCUCUCCCCGAGCCCCACAGCACCGGCCCCACACAGACCCCAAGGCAAGAGGAAAGCCCCUGAGGAGCGGGACAAGGCCCGGGCGGCACAGUCCGCUCCACGGCACAGUGCCAGUCCUGGUAUGGAGACCCCUGCAGGGCCCCUGGUGAAGGCAAAGACUGUGAAGAAGCCGGAAGGCACAGAUACCCCCCGCACCUCUCGUGCCAGUGCUCUCCAGGCAGUGGCUGCCUCGGUGCAGAGAGCGGUGGCUGUGGCAGGUGGUGAGGUGCCCGUCAGCCGUGGGGCCAUCGAGGGCAUCCUCAUUAAACACGUGCUGGACCCAAGGUGGGUGAUGCAGGGGGAGAGGGCAAGGGCAGUGAAAUACCUGGCCACAGCCAUGGCUUCAGCCCGUGAGGGUGGCAGUGACCCCUGCCCACUCCCCCGGGGACAGGAGAAUGAGGAUGAGUGUGCAGCAUGCGGUGACGGUGGUGAGCUCAUCUGCUGUGACGGCUGCCCCAGGGCCUUUCACCUUGCCUGCCUGGUGCCCCCGCUGCCCCACGUCCCCAGCGGGACAUGGCGCUGCGGCUCCUGCGUGGAGAACGUGACCGAACCAGGCCAGCUGCUGGAGGCAGACCUGCCUGUGGAGAGACCCCCCGAGACCCUGGGGGAGGCGGCACGGGACACCCAGCAGGGUGGAGCGGAGGGGAGCGUCUGCAGCCGCUGCUGCACCCGGAUCCCCACUCCCCACCACUGUCCUGCUCCCAGUGGGGACCCCGGGGGGCUACAGCUGUGCAUGUCCUGCACGGGCACCCUGGACACAGGCGGUCUGGGCACCACUGCAGCAGCUGGAGACCAACUGCUUCCAGCAGCCAAGGCAGAGGAUGGAGCCCUUGGCAGUGACCCUGUGCUGAGCCGGGAGGAGCUUGACACGCUGCUAGGCGAGAGCACGUGGGAUGGGAUCUUGCAGUGGGCAUUCCAGACCAUGGCACGGCCGCUGGCAGAAACACAGGGGCUCCUUGCCUAGCGCACAGACCAAGCAGGAGAAUCCAAAUGGCAAGCAAUGAAAAGGCAACCUCGGAGACACACGAAAAACAAGAUGAACGCAGGCACAAUGACAGCACAAAGAAGUCACAGAAUACAACACUGACCCUCAACAGGACAACCCACAAUGGCACAAACA